AUGGUGGCAGAGCGUGAUGUUGAUAGUGGUGGGUGGGGUGGUUGUGGUAAUGGUAAUGAGUGGGGUGGUGGUGGUGGGUAUUGUUCGGUAGUGGUGACGGGUUGUGGGGGUGGUUGUUGGUGGUGGUGGUGGAUGGUGGGGGUGAGGGUGGCACGUGGUAGGCGUGGUGGUGGCGGGUUGGUGAUGGGGAGUAUCGUGAUGGUGGUGGUAGUGGCGGGUGGUGGUGAUAGUGAUGGUCGUGGGGUGGUGGAAGUAGAUGGUGGUUGGUGGGUAGUGGGUAGUGGUGAUGGUAAUGGGUGA